UGACGAUGAUGGGAGUAUAUAAACGGGUUCCUCUCCAUUUUUCUCAGUUGUUUAUUUUUGGAGGUGACAGAGUACGUGCUGCGACGCCUCCUCCUCCUCCUCCUCCUCGUUCUCGUUCUCAUCUACGGUUCCUCAGCCACACCUGACAUCAUGAAGUCGUUGCUGGUCCUCACUUCGGCCGCUUUGCUGAUGUCCUUCGUCAGCGGAAGACCUCAAGGCUUUGGCGGGUUCGGUGGACACGGGGGCUUCGGCAGUGGCAGCCAUGAACACGGGGGCUUUGGAGGACACGGGGGCUUCGGCGGUGGCAGCCAUGAACACGGGGGCUUUGGAGGACACGGGGGCUUCGGCGGUGGCAGCCAUGAACACGGGGGCUUCGGAGGUUUUGGUGGACACAGUGGCGAACAUGGUGGCUUUGGUGGUUUUGGUAGUCACGAACAAGGUGGCUUUGGUGGUUUUGGUAGUCACGAACAUGGUGGCUUUGGCGGUUUUGGUGGGCAUAACGGUGGUUUUGGCCUCUUUAACGGCUUUGGUGGAUUCGGUGGACAAGGUUUUCCCCACGACCACGGUUUCUUCUUUGGGAGAAAAUGAUAGCGGCGGUAAGACAGCGACGACGACCACUUUUUUGGACCUUUCGGGGGAGAUUACGGAAGAUAAGAGGCGCCUGUCCUUCCCAUAUCACGUUCCUGUGUGUGUGUUUGUCUCGCAGCACCUCCCUUUCUCUCUUCCUCGUGGACGUUGGAAAAAAAGUCUCUGAUAUGUUUGGAGAAAAGGAAAAAAAGGUAUAUACGUCUCUGAUAUGUUAAAAAAGGUACAAAAAAGUCCUUGCUAUGUUUGGAGAAAAGGAAAGAAAAAGUCCCUGAUAUGUAUGGAGAAAAGGAAAGAAAAACCGUCCCUUAUAUAUUCAAAAAGGUACAAAAAAAGUCCCUGAUAUGUUUGAAGAAAAGGAAAAAAAUACGUCCCUUAUAUAUUUAUAAGAAGGUAAAAAAAGAAAAAACUCCCUGAUAUGUUUGAAAAAAAGGGAAAAAAAGUACGUCCCUGAUAUGUUCAAAAAGGUGCAAAAAAAAGUCCCAGAUAUGUUUGAAGAAAAGUAUAAAACAAGUUCCAAAUAUGUUCAAAAUAGGUAAAAAAAAAAAAAAAAGGAAAAUGUCCCUGAUGUCUUCUAAUAUAUUUCCCGGGUCAUUUGAUGUGUCUGUUUGGUUUUGUGUUUAUUGUUACCACAGAAUUAUGUUACUGGUGUUAUGUGUGUAUUGCUAAAAAGGUUCCGAUUGCUUGAUAUAUAGACAGACCUCGGUUUGCUUGUUAGUGUUGGAUACGCUAUGAAAGCCAUGUUAAGUAAGUAAGCAAUGUUGGGAGCAUCAUCUUCGUCGCAUUAAACCCUUGAGCCUGUGGUAGGAAGAGCUGAAAUCUGUCGGAAAAAAAUAUAUACAAAACACACUAUCAUAAGUUGUCAAUGGGCGUUUAUUCUUCCCAUACUGAACUCGAGGUUGAAAUAAAGUGCGUUGUCAACAUCUA